UGUUUAUAAUAAUUGUUCGAUGACCAGUCCGACUUAAUGAACGAGUUAAAAUCAGGUAAGUAAGAGAAGUCAAUAAUUAAUUUAGUCUCUAAAUCGUGAUAAUUGUCAUGCUGUGAUGGUUUAUUGAGUUUUAGUGCACGUUCCUGGGUAAUGAAGUUUUCUAUUAUAUAGAUUAACUACGUUUAUACCUAGAAAGUAUUAAUAGAAAUAAUUGUCAUAAUAAUACUCACUUAUACUUAUACUCUUAUUUAUACCGAUAAACUAGAAAUUAGAAAGUAAGUAAAAAAGUAAUUUAAUUUUAAUAAUCCGACUUGACUUGACUUGGUGGACGACUUGGUAAUAAUAAGUAUAAGUAUAAGGCUUAAAUAAGGUAAUACCACUUAGAUCUACUUUUCCUUGGUAACUCUAGUAAGAUGUUUUAGUACACUGCUAACACAACUACACUUACACUUUCACUUACAGAUUUUACUACAAAUUUAUAAAUAUUGAAUUUAUAAACUAAAACCUUUAAGUUUAAGUAACAAAGUAUAAGUUAUAAUUAUAAGUUUAUAACUAAGUAUAAGUUAUUAUAAGCAUAUACUAUAGUCUAUAGUAUACUAUAAGUAUAACUCAUGAAAGCUAGUAAGCUCUCCAUACUGAAUCUACUGAGGCUGUCUGAGAGGCUAACUACAAAUAGUAAUAUUAAAUAAUAUUACUAAUUUAACAUGACAUAAUCCGACUACAAAACUAUAUAAAAAUAAAAUUUGUAUGUCUAAUUAAUAAGUAAUUAUAAUUAUCUAGUGUUUUAUUUAUGUUAUAAUAGCAAUACAGGCCUUGGCCUAGGCCUAGACUUAAAUUAUUAAUUAUAUUUUUUAUUCAUUAUUAAGUGCAAUUUUUUUCAAUACAUUUGAUUAUUGAAAUUAUUGUGAUGUCGCACUGUUUAAACCCCAUCCCCCCUCCCCCAUUGGCAGACAUUGUCACAAAAAAGUGACACGACUCCCCUUCCCUGGUGACCCUUAGUUAGCAUAGUGAGUAUGUGUAAGUGUAAGUCUAGGCAUGUGUAGACAGGCUUCAUCAAUACUUAUAAUCAUAAAAUACUAGGCCAAGAAAAAUGGGUCUAUAAUAGUAAGUAGUUAAAUUUAUAUAAUAUUAGGCCUAAUUUAGACUGGGGCCUAGGGCGCCUAACUUUUAUUGGUAUUUAAGGUUACUGAGCUAGGCUGUUAUUAUACUAAAGGUGCACCCAUUAAAAUGUUAACAGUUUUUUCCUCCUCUUUCCCCCUUGUCAACAAUUGUCAAUCUCACAUGGAUACCCUAAUAAAUUAUGUCAGUUUUUAUGCACAAAGCACCCGACCCAGAAAUAAAAACUCAAAAAUAUUUAUCAAUGCUAUUUAUUUGCAAUUGGUUUUUAUUUGCCAAUAAUCUAUAAAUGGUACAUGUUAUAUAACAGUAGGGGUGUGCCGGAUCCGUUUUUUCCAACUGGAUCCGGAUUCCGGAUUUUGGUACUAUUGGCUAUUGGCCACUAUUAGUAUUAGCGGUGCUGACUAUCCUCUGGUAUGUUCGGAAUAUUAAACAUUAGACAAGCUCAACGCUCGAAACAAUAGAUUAAUGUAUCGUGAUCGUGUGGAAUUCGGGAAAGAGAAUUACUUUUAUUUCAGAUUAUGAUCCUGUGAGUCACAAAAUCUGGCAAAUUGCGAAAUCCGGUAUACUCCGGAUUCUGGUUGUUCCGGAUACAUGUAAAUCCGGCGGAACCAGAUUUCACCGGAUAGUGCAAAAUCCGUCGGAACCGGAUUCCGGCACACCCCUAUAUAACAGAAUUACUUAAACAAUAGAGAAGGGGCCAUUUAUAAACAACUACAUUGCGCUUAUAUGGGGGGGGGGGGAAUUCACAAUUGUGUUACCAUGUGUGAUAAAAGUCUCACUUGUGUCAAAACUUUGAAAAUUAUUAUUUUUUUGGGGUGUCGUGGAUGGGGUUUAAAAAUAGGCCAAAAGGGCCAUCCAUGAAUGAUGUCAUGCAAGGAAUAUGUUCUGAAAUUGAGAUGGGAUGCAGCGCUGAAAAACGGUUUAUAACCACUGGGUAAGAAACCCUGAUCUAAUUGAUUGAUUUGGAUUGCCUUCUCUGGCAAAGAGGUCAAUAAUACGAUCUCCUUAUAAGCAGAGUUCAAAUGGAUUGAAAUUGUUGUGGAAUAAGUAUUGCUUCUCACAGUAGCAUUACUCAUUCUGCUUCAUAGUCGCACAUAAAGGGACAUAUUGAAUCAUGUUUAUUGCCUCCAUGAUUAUUAUUUUUAGUCCUACACUAAUUAUACAUUUUUAUUCCCCAAAAAUUAAGUAUUUCUGACAGUCCAGCAAAAUCAACAAUGUCCUCUGCAACACCAGGUUCAUCAGCCCCUAUCCAAUACAUGGUUGAGGCAGAAACUACAACAGUUAAAGUUCCAAUGGUAAUAUAUUCUUUGAUCAAGUAACACUAUUUUAUUUAUGUGAUCAUUAAUAUAAAACGGAUAUCAUGCAAUGCUUUUGAGUCCAUUGAAUGUUUGUACCUAAGUUAGGAAAAGAAAAAAUAUUUGUAUAUUACUUAAAAAAAUAAUAGAAAUAAAAACAUUCCACACUAUUUAGCUAUAAUGUUUAUUUAGGGCCAUACUUCAAUCUACAGCGUUUUUUAAAAUUGUAAUACUUGUAUCUACAGCUGCGACCUAAACCAAGCUUACUUAAAGUAUUACAAUUGAGCGGAGGAGUAGGUCAGACAUUUACCAUGGGAGAGGUAUGUUUAAUUCUUGUUUAGAGUAGAAAAUGAGUGAAUGUACUGUACCGCAUCAUAUCUUUAAUAUUGUUAGGAAAGUUGCGAUAUAUAGAGGUUUAAAAGAUAUCAAUUAUUUAAUAUAUGGAGGUCUGUUAUGUAGAUGUGUUCACAUUUCUUCUGUUCUUUUGUUGUGAUUUAAAAAAUUAUUUACUGAGUGAAUGUGUUAGGUAACUUUCAAUUUGUAUUUAAAAAAAAAACAUUUGUAUAGAUUAUUCAGCUUGUUCGAGAAUACAUCAGUCAACGCACUCUGUAUGAUCAGCAAGAUCCUAGAAUUGUUCAUUGUGGUGGAGAUCUUCUUGGAGAAGCUUUGAAUGUGGAAUCAUUUACAGUUAAUGAAGCCUUGUAAGUCUAUGAGUCACUUGUAUUUGUUUUAAGGUCCAUUAAGUUUAUCUUAUAGACAAUGCAUCUGUUUCUUAUUUUUACUCUCUUCGGAUAAGAAUAUAAUUCCAAAUUCUGCUUUUGUCAUUUUGCUAAUGUAUCAUAAAGCAACCUUUGGGCUGGUCAGUGCCAUGAAGUUUCAUAAAGCACUGCUAUAUCAGUGUAGCUGAGUAGGAAUACAAACAAAUCUCAAUUCUAGAAAAAAUAACUGAUUUAAAUGAUUAAAAACAAGUUUUUUUUUUGUGUAGUGCAUAAAUCUGGACAGGAGAUUUUUUUAAUACAUUUCUUUGAUAAGAAAUACAUUCUUGUAAGUUAUAAAAAGAUUCAGAACAAAAAAGAAAAAUCUGAAUACCAUAUGUAAGUAUUUUACACUCUCGCAACUAACAUAAACAGUGAUUACUAACUUAAGUAUAAAUUAGUUAAUUGUUUGCAUUUCAUAUGAUAGCAAUGUUUGAACUAUAAGCUUUAAAUUGGUUCUGGUUCACUAAACAGCAUGACCAGUUGGUAAAUACUUAGUUUUUUGUGUGUUUUUUUUAACAGAGCCUUGUUUAGAAAAAAUUGCACCCUAGAGCCAGAUUCAUGUUUUCGAAUCCGAAGACAACUUGUGACGAGGACAUCAAAUUCAUCUGAUCAUUGUUCUGUUUCAAGCACUAAACCUAACUUACAGUCCUCAUCAGUAACAACAGAGAACAACUUACCUUCAUCUAGUUCUUGUAUUAAUGAAAAACAA